CACUACCCCGGUCGGUCGAUGCCAGGCAGACGCGCAAACCCGUCAAAGGCAAGCAAAAAAGAACGAAGGGAAGAGCAGAUCAUCAAAAGCACAAUCCACAUACAUUUAGAAUCCAGUCAAGUCUGCCGACCAAGCCAGACAAAGAAGCCGCCCAUUCAUCGGUGGACGGGCAGCUAAUGGAGUGAAAUGCUGCGUUGCAACAACAGCUAAUACAGUGAAGUUGAAGAGGUAUCCGACGACACGUUUGAUAACGGAGUGACUUCGCGACGUGAACGGAAGUAAACCGGUCGAUUGUUGGUUCUGGGAUAAGGUAUUAACCCUACCCGGGUGCCCCGAAAGCAGGAUGACUGGAACCAUUCUUGAAAAUCUAAGCGGCAAGAAGCUCAGCAUUCUGGUGUCCUGUUUACUGGUGCUUCAAGUGUUCAGCUUCUUGUUGGGUGGUCUUGUGGCCCCUGUACCCUCAAGUGUCCAGACGAUUCUCGGUACCAUUUGCAAGGACGUUCCCGGGUCGCAUAACGAUACAUCGAUAUGGCUAUACUCGCGAGGAGAAGACCAUUGCCAAAUGUUGGAACACAUUGACAUCGAGAACCACGACCUGAAGAUGGCGAAUCAGAUUGUGUUCGUUUUUCAAAUGCCGUUGCCACGCGAGGGCCGCCAGCUGGACUAUUCCCGUUGGCAGCAGAAUCUGAUCGGGGUGCUCCAAACCGACAUCGCAUACGAUAAGAACAUUCUGCUGAAACCGCACACCCAAUUGAGUAUCGAUGCCCGGUUGGCGUAUCGGAACAAGGGCGAUCCCGAUCAGAACUGGAAAUAUCUGGCAUCUUCGCUAGAAAAACGAGACCUGGACUGCGGUGCUGACAAUGUUGCCGAUGAGUAUCUGUACAACUGCGAAGCUAUCCCACUGUUUGAAUUGGGUUCGCUGCAUCAUGAUUUCUAUCUUCUCAAUGUGCGCAUACCGGUGGACAGCGAGUUGAAAAUGAACUUGGAAAUUGGGCACAUUCAAGAUUUGCAUUUGUCGGUCAUUUAUCAGAACGGUGGUUUCACCAAGGUGUGGGUCUCUCUUAAAACGGUCUUCUUGCCGUUUAUCAUCAUUAUCAUGGCAUGGUUCUGGCAACGAGUCCAUUUGCUUCAACGGAAACCCGCUCUUCUGGAGUAUAUGCUGCUGGCGCUUGGAAGUGCUCUCACAUUCCUGAAUCUCCCCUUGGAAUAUCUCACUCUGGUUUUCGAUAUGCCGUUCAUGCUGCUACUGAGUGACAUUCGGCAAGGCGUAUUCUACGCGUGUUUGCUUUCCUUCUGGCUAGUUUUCGCCGGGGAGCACAUGCUGAUUCAGGAAACCGGCGAAAAAUCUACUCUCAAAUCAUACUGGAAACAUUUAAGCGCCGUGGCCGUUGGUUGCGUUUCCCUGUUUUUGUUUGACAUGUGCGAGAGAGGUGUUCAGUUGAGAAAUCCAUUCUAUUCCAUCUGGGUUUCACGGAUUGGAUCGAAUGUUGCCCUCGCGUUCAUCAUCUUGGCAGGAAUUUCGGCUAGUUUGUACUUUCUUUUCCUGUGCUACAUGGUCUGGAAAGUGUUCUGCAACAUCAAUAUCAAACGAACUUCUCUGCCGUCGAUGUCCUCGGCUCGCCGGCUGCACUACGAGGGGAUCAUCUAUCGGUUCCAGUUUCUCAUGCUGGCCACUCUGCUCUGUGCCGCCCUCACGGUGAUUGGCUUCAUUAUCGGUCAGGUUUCGGAAGGCCGCUGGAAGUGGGACGAAUCCAUCGAUCUCGAGUACACUUCGGCGUUCUUCACCGGUGUCUACGGCAUGUGGAAUUUGUACAUCUUUGCCCUGAUUGUACUGUACGCCCCGAGCCACAAGAAAUGGCCAGCCAAUGAAACAACUGAAAAUAUCAUCAGCGAGGAAAUCGAAUUCAGUAAUCUGCCAUCAGACUCUAACCCGAGUGAAAUUUCGUCCUUGACGCAGUUCGCUCGCAAAACAGCUUUAGACUAAAAUAUCUUGUGUUAGUAUAACGUAUACCUUCCAUGAUAAGCAUAUAACAUUUUUCAGAGUGAUUUAAGCAACUUUCGUCGUCGUUUUUGUCUCUUCAAUACAGAAUUUCAAGUGGAAAAUUGAUGUUUAUCAGUUGAUUAUCAUUGCAGUAUACAGAAUUCAUAUAUCUCAAAAUAUACCAACGUUGAAUGUGUUGGCUAGUAAUAGUUUGG